GUGCCGCCAGGAGGUUACCCGACAUCGGUCGAAGAAGAACUACCUCUACCGACCUCCGGUGCAGGUCAUGUGCAAGUCAAGGUAUCGCAUGUCGCACAAGACCCAACAGAUACCAAGUCCUUUGAUACCAAUUCUUUCGGAAAGGGGCUGAGCUCGGGUGUGAUUUUGUCGGACAAGUCACCGAACUCGGAGACCUGGUCACUCGAUAUGAACGAGGCGACAUUCUAG